AUGCGGCUCAUCAAUGUCGAAACAUACAAGCUCGACGUUCAUGCCACUUGUCCCAAGGGCGAAUAUGCCAUUCUCUCUCACACGUGGGAGGACGACGAGGUCAGCUUCCAGGACUUUACGGGUCAGCUCGACUUGGCAAAGACGAAGAAGGGUUACGCCAAGAUUGAGCAGACCAUAAGAUUGGCACGCAAAGCCAAUCUGAAGUGGGCUUGGGUUGAUACUUGCUGCAUAGACAAGAGAAGUAGUACCGAGUUAUCGGAAGCCAUCAACUCCAUGUUCCAGUGGUACAAAGAUUCCGCCAUCUGUUAUGCGUACCUUUCAGACCUCUCACCACAGUCUUCCACCAUGGACAACAAAGCUUUCCAGCGCUGUCGGUGGUGGAGCAGAGGUUGGACUUUGCAAGAGCUCAUUGCACCGAAGAAAUUCCACUUCUACGACAAGGAGUGGGACUUUUACGAGAAGCGAAAGAGCCUGGCAAUGCAAAUUGAAUCUUUCACAGGCAUUGACCAUCGAGUAUAUCGACGGGGGCCCACCCACUUCCGGGUAGCACAGAAAUUGUCCUGGGCUGCUAAGCGGGAAACCACAAAGGAAGAGGAUAUUGCAUAUUGCCUUUUGGGUCUUUUUGAUAUCAACAUGCCACUCCUAUAUGGCGAGGGCGACAAGGCCUUCAUCAGAUUGCAGGAGGAAAUAUGUAAAACUACUUCUGAUUUCUCAAUAUGGGCUUGGACAGCAGAUUGUGUUUCCGAACCAUCAGACGCCAACCAAGACUUCCGCGGCCUUCUCGCCCUGAAACCGUCAGAAUUUGCCCGAUCCGGUGAAUUGAGCAGGGGCAUGCAUCACGAGAUUAGGAGAAUAUCCGUGAUCAGCCAAGAGAUCCACCUUUACGGCACCGUACUAUUCUCGAGCCCAGAACAUGGUCUUUGGCUGCGCGUGGGAAAACGGGACGAUGACGGCGCUGUAUGGAUUGCUUUGACCAAGACCGAAAAUGGAUAUGUUCGAUCACGUCCAGAUGUUCUUGGACUGACCUUUAUUGACAAACCAGCCGAGCAUGAGAUGAACCCGCAGCCCUGGGAGAUCCUGUUGUAUGGCGGAGAAAAACAGAGAAUCCCUGGCCGAAUCCCUGGUCGAGAAAACAUUCAGUGCAGGAAAUACUUGGAGGACAAGGAAUCGGCCAAGCUUCGCAAGGCGGUGGACGACUCCCUUCUCAUCGACCCCGGGCCCCGCGUUGAGAUAACAGCAGCAUAUCCCGAAAUCUGUUGGAAUUCAUACACGAAGACAUUCCUGCCAAAUCGAUACGAUGUUGGAGUCUUUGAAAUCACUGUCAAGAAUGGCGCCAAUCAUGUGGCAUUUGUCUUGCUCUGCCAAUGGCCAAAGUACGACUCGAAAGCAAGCAUUGCCGAAACACGGCGUUGGGAGCAUGUCAAGUACGUCAUCCUGCGCAGGACUGAUAAACUUGUUGACUUUUUACAAGUCAUCAGUGACGGCAAAAUGAUUGCUCCACGCAACAGGGCAGCGGCGUGUCGAAUGAUGGAGGCAGAGGUGUGUGCCGGUUGGGACACAUCUGCUGAGAAGUCCAGGGAUCUAUUGUGGCAAGACGAUAUGAAACGAUUCGGCCUGCAAGGCGAGCUGACACUGAAUGUUCAGCACGACAAGCUUUCGCUGAAGCUCGCUCGAAUCAAGCUCUCCGACUUGAGCAAGGAAGAGGGCACGACGGGUAAAAAGGUCCAUCGUGCCUCCAAAAAUGGAGCUUCACAGGAUCAAGCUCGCCAGCUCACACCGAGCCCUCCAGAAUCACAGGACAAGCAUCAACAACGCCACCAGUCCAAUGACGUCGAUUCUAGUGAGCAGUCGGAAUCGACAACGGGGUUCCAAACGGAUUCGGACGCGACUUAUUCGUUCAGUGAUAGUGACAAUGAUAGACGAGGGCCAUGA